CUCGGUCCCGAACCGACCCCCUUCCGACCGUUACUCCGAACCUAAUUUCAAAUCUCCAUUAAACCUUCCACCUUCUCAACAACUAACUCCCCAAAUCCCUAAUUUACAGGCAUUCACCCAAAAUCUCAAAAAUGGUGUCCAAAGCUAAGAAGUCAAAAGGAUCUCCGGCCAACCGUAACCUCCGCCGCCGCAAGAAGACUCCCGUCACCACCGCCACCAAGACAGCCUCCAUAGUAGUUGCCUCCAUCAAUAAAUCCUUCUACACCUGCCACCGCCGCCUCAUCAAACUUUUCUCCAAACUCGUUCGUAUUGCCACUCCCAAGAGUAAAUCCUCCGUCAAAAAAGGCUACAAAGUCCUAAAAAAGUUCCCCAACUCCACCGACAAUCAGAUCGCCACCGUCCGCCGCUCGCUCUUCCAGGAAUCUACCUCCGCCCUCCCACCACCAAACUCCCCUGAUCAAAAAACGGUGUUCCUUGACCUUGACGAAACCCUAAUCCAUUCCACACCUGCCACCGGAGUAUCACCUCCGGGAACUUAUGAUUUCUUAGUGAGGCCAUUGCUGGAUGGAGAAAGAGUUGAUUUCUAUGUGCUGAAACGCCCAUUUGUUGAUGAAUUUCUGCAGUUCUUGAGCACAAAUAACUACGAAAUUGUGGUUUUCACAGCUGGAAUCGAGGAAUAUGCUUCGUUAGUUUUGAAUAAAUUGGAUUGCAGGGGUUUGAUUUCACACAGAUUGUAUCGGAAUUCAUGUAAGGAAUUCGAGGGUAGGUUUGUUAAAGAUUUAUCAGAUCUAGGGCGGGAUUUGAAGAAGGCUGUGAUUGUUGACGACAACCCUAAUUCCUACAGUUUUCAACCCGAAAACGCAAUCCCCAUUAGACCUUUCACUGAUGACCUUGGAGAUGAUGAAUUGAAGAAAUUGAUGAAUAGGUUUUUUACAAACUGCAAUAAAUUCGAAGAUUUGAGGGAUGCCGUGAAGGAUUAUCUUGGCGAUGGAAUUCAGAAUUCAAAAUCAGAGAUAUCGUUUUUUGAAAACAGUAAGAAUUUAAACCUUCAAACUCUAAUUGAAGUUUGAAUUAGAUGUAUUUUUUUUUCUAAUCAUGUGCAACCGUUUGCUUGAUGAAUUUAAUUACCAUUUACCCA